AUGACAGCAUGUUAUGAGAUGUGCACACAGGAGGCUCUCCAGGCGCAGAGAAGCCAGCUGGUGGGGCUGCUGGCCUCGGGGUCCCUGGAGGGCUUCGAGAGCAUCCUGGACUGGCUGCUUUCCUGGGAAGUCCUCUCCUGGGAAGACUACGAGGGCCUCAGCCUCCUGGGCCAGCCCCUCUCCCAGUUGGCCAGGCGCCUCCUGGACACUGUCUGGAAGAAGGGUGCUUGGGGCUGUGAACAGCUCAUUGCAGCUGUCCGGGAGGCCCAGACCGGCUGUCAGGCUCCGGAGCUUUCCUGCCGCUGGGAUCCCCACUCACCCCACCCAGCGCAUGACCUGCAGAGUCACCGGCCCGCCAUCGUCAGGAGACUCUACAGCCACGUGGAGGGCGUGCUGGACCUGGCACAGGAGCGGGGUUUCAUCAGCCGGUAUGAAUGUGAUGAAAUCAGGCUGCCUGUUUUCACGUCAUCCCAGCGGGCAAGAAGGCUGCUGGAUCUUGCGACCGUGAAGGCGAAUGGGUUGGCCGCCUUCCUUCUACGACAUGUUCAGGAAUUGCCAGUCCCGGUGGCCCUGCCUUUCGGUGAUGCCGCGUGUGAGAAGUACAUGUCCAAGCUGAGGACCACGCUAUCUGCUCAGUCUCGUUUCCUGAGCACCUAUGAUGGGGCAGACAAUCUUUGCCUGGAGGAAGUAUACACAGAGAAUGUUCUGGAAAUCCGGACAGAGCUGGGCGUGGCCGGCCCCCCACCGAAAAGCCCCGCCACCCUGGGCCUGGAGGAACUCUUCAGCACCUGUGGCCACCUCAACGAGGACGCUGACACCGUGCUGGUGGUGGGCGAGGCGGGCAGCGGCAAGAGCACUUUGCUGCAGCGGGUGCACUUGCUGUGGGCCACGGGGCGCCACUUCCGGGAAUUCCUCUUCGUCUUCCCAUUCAGCUGCCGGCAGCUGCAGCGUGUGGCAAAGCCGCUGUCCGUGCAGACGCUGCUCUUUGAACACUGCUGUUGGCCCGACGUCGGCCGCCAGGACGUCUUCCAGUUCCUCCUUGACCACCCCAACCGCGUCCUCUUAACCUUCGACGGCUUCGACGAGUUCAGGUUCAGGUUCACGGAUCGCGGCGAGCGCCACUGCUCUCCGACCGACCCCACGUCGGUCCAGAAUCUGCUGUUCAACCUACUGCAGGGCAACCUGCUGAAGAACGCCCGCAAGGUGUUGACCAGCCGUCCGGACGCGGUGUCGGCUCUCCUCAGGAAGUACCUGCGCGUGGAACUCAACCUGAAGGGCUUCUCGGAAGAGGGCAUCGAACUGUACCUGAGGAAGUGCCACCGCCAGCCGGGGGUGGCCGACCGCCUCAUCCGCAUGCUCAGAGCGACCUCAGCCCUGCACGGCUUGUGCCACCUUCCCGUCAUCACGUGGAUGGUGUCCAAAUGCCACCAGGAACUGUUGCUGCCGGGCGGGGGGUCCCCAAGGACCACCACGGGUAUGUACCUGCUGAUCGUGCAGCAUUUUCUGCUGCGCGCCUCCCCGCCCGACGCGGCCCCCCGCAGCCCGGGGCCCGGGCUGCUUCGAGGCAGGCUCCCCGCCCUUCUGCACCUCGGCUGGCUGGCCCUCUGGGGCCUGGGCACGUGCUGCUACGUGUUCUCCUCCAGGCAGCUCCAGGCGGCACACGUCGACGGCGACGACGUCUCUCUCGGCUUCCUGGUGCGUGCCAAGAGCGUCGCGCCCGGGAGCGUCGCCCCCCUGGAAUUCCUGCACAUCGCCGUGCGAGGCCUGAAGGUCGGGCACCUCAAGCUGACCUUUUGCGGCGUGGGCCCCGCGGAAUGUGCCGCCCUGGCGUUCGUGCUGCGGCACCUGCGGCGGCCCGUGGCCCUGCAACUGGACCACAACUCUGUAGGUGACGUUGGUGUGGAGCAGCUGCUGCCUUGUCUCGACGUGUGCAAGGCUCUUUACUUGCGAGAUAACAAUAUCUCAGACCGAGGCAUCUGCAAGCUCGUCGAACAUGCUCUUCACUGUGAGCAGCUGCAGAAGUUAGCUCUCUUCAACAACAAACUGACCGAUGGCUGUGCACACUCCGUGGCGAGGCUCCUUGCGUGCAGGCAGAACUUCUUGGCUUUGAGGCUGGGCAAUAACCACAUCACUGCCUCGGGAGCCCAGGUGCUGGCUGAGGGGCUCAGAGCCAAUGCCUCCUUGCAGUUCUUGGGGUUCUGGGGCAACAAGGUGGGUGACGAAGGGGCCCAGGCCUUGGCUGAAGCCUUGGGUGAUCACCAGAGCUUGAAGUGGCUCAGCCUGGUGGGAAACAACAUCGGCAGUGUGGGGGCUCAAGCCUUAGCCUUAAUGUUGGAAAAGAACGUGACACUGGAAGAACUCUGCCUGGAGGAGAACCAUCUCCAGGAUGAAGGUGUGUGUUCUCUUGCCAAAGGACUUCAGAGGAAUUCAAGUUUGAAAGUCCUAAAGCUGUCCAACAACCACAUCACCUACCUUGGAGCUGAAGUCCUUCUGCAGGCCCUGGAAAGGAAUGAUACCAUUCUGGAAGUCUGGCUCCGAGGCAACACUUUCUCUCCGGAGGAGACCGAGAGGCUCAGCCAGAGGGACACCAGACUCUUGCUCUGAAGCCCGGAGGCCAACGUUCAUCUCAGUUUGUUUGUGAACAGGCCGUGGGUUUGGAUCCCAGAAGCUGGAUUCCGUCUGGCAGCAGUCCAUUCACCCAGAGCCGAGUCCUGCCCGGGACGAGCACAAUAGGUCACCUUUGUUCUGGCAGAAGAAGGAGCAACCGUGCCCUUUAGAGUAACUCUUCUGCAGCCUGUUUUGCGUCCCGUUCUUCCCAAGAGUCGAUCUGUGGAACGUAGAGGAGGGGCAGCUCCCUGCCGCCUCUGGCUGAUCCGACGUGGGUCAGUGGGGCCCAUGGAGGUUACUGCGUGCCUGGUGCUGUAGAGACCUGGACCCACAGGAGCGGCCCCCCUUCCCACCUGCCUCACAGUGAGGAGGGGGAUUCAGGGAGCAGCUUUCUGCCAUGUUUUAACUCAUGGGUUGUCGCCCAUCCAGAAGUUCCCCACAUCUGGUCCCUCCCCCCAUCCUGGAUCCCUGCACGUGGCACUUCCUCUGAGGGUAAAGUUUCAGAAUAUAGGUGUUCUCAGCUUUGAUAAUUUCUAGCCUCCCCACCCCCCCCAAGCCCAGGGUGGGAAGGGCUGCAAUUCACCUGCUCUCCUUCCUGAUACUUAACACAUGAUCGAAAGGGGAACAUGACAGCCGUUCGUUCCCUAAGAUGGGCUAGAUUUUCCAAAAAAUAAGACGACACUA